AUGGCUGCCAAGCCUGACCGACCUCAAAACUCGCCUCGAAAGUCGUUGAAACAGAGUCUCAAGGACAUCUUCCUGCGCAAACUGCGAAAACCCCCCAGUCCGUGUGUCCGGACCGUAGGAUCUGGAAUCCUGCGCAGAGGAGGUCCUUCGGACAGUUUCAUCUCCUCCGUUUACACCUUCUCUCCUCUCGAAUCGGCCGGAAACCUCUGGAGCCCCGAUCAUCAUACUAUCUCCCGUGGCAUCCCCAAUCGAUUCCAAACACCAACAAAUAGAUCUACGAGCCGAUUUGAAGCCAGACAAUCUCUUCUGCCUGCUACAAGCCUCAGUCAUUUCAACCUCCACCAUGAUUAUCUUCAACAACUGGCAGUACCACAAGGAACGGUGCACCAAGCCAUAUCGCCCACCUUUACCUCUCUCGUAAGCCAGCAAGCGAGCAUAGCCCCCUUUUCUCCCAGUCCAAGUACUUCGUCCCUCAAACUACGAGACUCCAGUGUCAAUCUUGUGCACCGAGACUCUUUCAAGCACCUUCCAUCGCCGUCUUCUGCUCGCCAACUCCAGCAAGGCCGGGGUCAAAACAAGCAGGUCUCGUGGAAUCAGUCUGCAACGACCAGCUCCGUGUCUGUGCCCGAUCACGACUCAGAUGAAGAACAUGCGUUUAACUCUGAGGACCAUGCUGGUAUUCGGCAAGUCGAGCACUUCAAGUCCAUCUGUGUACUAGACACUGCACUGCCUGGCUGUCCGGUAGUAGCAACAUCCGAGGAGCUGAGAUACAUCUUCGAACUCGGCGAACACUUUUUUCUCAAUAGCUUUGAAUGUGAGGGAACCUCCAUCGAUAUUAUCACAGGUCAAGAUGCUGCUGGCGAACCUAUCACUCACCUCGUCCUUUUCACACCUCUCGUCAUCCCGAGCAGCGGUCGAAGUCGUUUUAUGCUUGCCAGCCUUGUCGACGUGACUCGGUUUAUUCAUGAUGCGGCCUCGCUGCCAGAACCCGACAAGGGCUCCAACCGCUCAACAAUCGUGGCCGAUUGCGAAACGCCGUUUUACACUCAAGACAUAAGAUGGAGCUUCACCGCAUGCAAAUUGUCGGCCGAAGAUCUUCUGGGAGGCUGUGUUUUGCCACAAGAUCGAGACACUCCUACCAACCCAAUCAGGGAUCCGACCGAUGAUAUCUGGGUGGACUUGGCCAAUGAAGAAAGGAGCCGAACGUCGACGGCAAGAAACACUCCAAGAUCGACACCCGGAUUCAUGGGCACCCCUAGAUCUUCAGACGCCUCAACUGCAUCGAAAACUAGCAUUACCGUGGACGACGUAUUGGAUGAUUUCAUGUCUAGCUUGCAAGAACUGUAUUCGAACUUCUUCCUUUUAGGCAAAUCCCCGCUGGACGACACUUACUUCGAGAUCUGCAAUGUCUCACCCAUGUUGUACGAGGCCGAGGACUAUAUUCACGGACAUCUCUCCCGUACAGGAGAACGGGGACUUGCCGAUUUAAGUACACGGCUGGCCUACGGAUCGCCGUUCCACGCUCGGGUCAAAUGGGGCAUGGAGGGCCAGGACAAACGUCUUUAUUGUAGUCCGCUAUACGGACACAAUUCCACCACAUGGAUUUGUUUCCUCCUGGAACCCAACACGCCGGACCUGUGGUAG